GUUUUUGCAGCUGAACUAUUUUAUCAUUCAUGCCUAGGAAAAAGCACAAAAAUCAACUUCAAGAGAUGUUGGGUGUUUAGAAAAGCAAUUUGUAAGAACAAUUAUUCACGUUGUAUCUCUUCUGGCCUACGGCACCACCGGACACAAUGGCUUCGCCUGACCUUCAAACUCAGGAGUCCGUUUUGUCGGUUAUGCUGAUAAAUAAAGAAGAACCAUCGUAUGACACGCUACAUCUACCCAAGCCAGAGAUUAAUUCGCUGAACUUUGAUUAUCCUUUUGCAAGUAAAUUUUUUUUGAAGCAAGAGAGCGAAACAAGUGAAACAAAACGCCUCUAUCUCAAGUGGAUCGUUCUCUUCUUAAUUACAAUUAUAGUACCAAGUACAUUUCUAAUUUUAGAAAUAUCUAUUGGCGAGUUCAUGGCUUUAAAGAUCAAAAUUAUGUCCUUACUCUUAAAAAAUGGUAAAGUUGUACCCGCUGUGAUGUUUUGGUGGUUGGUAAACUUGAGUCUUGCACUGUUAAGUGGUAGUCUUGUGAUAUUUUUAGAGCCAACAGGAGAAGGAUCAGGGCUACCAGAAAUAUUGGGCUUUUUGAAUGGAGUCGAUGUGCCAAAUUUGUGUUCAAGCAUGUCAUUUAUAGUCAGGAGCCUAGCCACAUUUUUAAUGGUGAUGGCAAAUUUACCGGGCGGUUUGCAAGAACCUUUCUUAUUGAUUGGAGUCAUUUUUGGCGGAUUAAUUUACAAAAUCGGGAUAAAGAAAUUCCGGCCAUUCUACACAUUCGAAUGGGACAUUGACCGAAGAAAUUUCGCUGCGGCUGGAUUGGCAGCAAGCACAGCAACAGUUUUUGGGACGCCUUUAGGAGGUUUGAUGUUUGCAAUGGAGCAUCUUUCGCAUUGGCGAGGAGAAAUUAUCUUUUUAUUUAUGGCCACAGGAACAAUAGCUUCAUUUAUUUCCGUUUGUACUUAUUAUUAUUACAGGGGAAUGAAAGAUGGAGAGUUUCACCCUAUAAAUAUUUUUUCACCGUUGAGAGAAGACUCUAUAUUUGUGGAUUUUGUGGAGAUUCCGAUGUAUUUUCUCAUUGGCAUAAUUGGAGGUUUGUCAGGGGCUUGUUGGACUUUGUUUCAGUCAAUCUUGAUUCGUAUCAGAUACCGUUUCUUGAAGAACAAGUGGCUGAGGUUGGCAGACAUAGCAGUGGUGACAAGUAUUAUAUCAUUGAGUGGAAUAUUGUUCUAUAUCGCAUUAGACAAAUCUGCAAACUGCAUGGACGAUAAACUUGCAGAAAGAGAGAAAUACACACUCUUAAAAGAGUUUAAUCCUCACUGUACUGGAAAUGCAAGUUACGCUAGCAUGAGCACUUUGAUGUUCCAAGAUCCCGCAUAUAUCACCAGAACCUUAUUCACAGUGAAGAAAGAUCAGUAUUCACCUCAUGUUCUUGUGGUUUUCCUUUGCCAAUUUUACCUUUGGUCUUUGCUCCACUGUGGGACCUUCAUGCCUUCCGGCAUUAUUCUACCAAACUUAAUAAUUGGAGCAGUUUGGGGUAGAAUUUUGUCUAUGGUGCUUACCCAUUUGAGUUUUAUAAAGGAUUCGUACAAGAAGCCAAUAAAACUGGCAUAUCUUUGUGCUGUGGCUCAGACUAGUGGUGUUACUAAAAUGGGCCUUGGCUUGACUAUUAUUAUGAUAGAGGCAUCUGGCACGAUCAAUUUUGUUAUACCUGUUAUGAUAAUAGUGAUAGUCUCCCGGUUUUUGAGCAAACUGUUUGGUUCGUCUAUAAUUAAAACUAUAGCACUGGUCAAAGGUUACAUUAUGUUGAGUAACAGCCCUAUACCGUUAUGGGUCGACAUGUCUGUGGAGAAUAUUAUGAACAGAAAGAUGGUGUGUCUCCCUUCCAUUGUUAGUACUGAAAAUAUUAAAAAAAUACUCGAAACGUACCUUCACUUGGCAUUUCCUAUUGCUGAUUCUGGUGGAUCAAUAAGUCCUAUGGAGGGACCGAUAAGUAUCAAGGGAAUGAUUUUAAGGAAGCAACUGUUGGCCCUCAUCAAUCCGACAGCGUAUGCCACAAAGCGGAGUGUACUUCUCACAAGCAACAAGCCUAUAGAAAUCACCGUACCUAUGUCGACUCAGUUCAAUUUGGAGGAGUAUUUAAAUCCGACUCCAUUUACAAUUUACAGAACUGCGUCUUUGACGAGAGCUUGCUCCAUUUUUACAGCCUUGGCUUUGCAUACGCUAAUUGUAGUAGAUGAAAACAUGCAGGCUGUAGGGCUUAUAACAAGAAGAGAUCUAAUCUUGGCAAAGAAAGGAGUGCAUUGGGGAAUAUUUUGAAGAUUUAGAAAUACUGUAUUUUAUUGGACUAAGUGUAACUGUAUUUAAUAAAUUUUUUUUUAAUUUGAGCCGCUUUAUUAUAUUUGCAUGAAUGAAUAUUUGAAAGAAGUCAGUUUAUUUUCACUUGUAACACGUUAUGCAAAGCCUUUGUUUAUUCUUGUUAUCGUCGUUUUGCGUUUAGAAGACUGCAUCUCCCUGGGGGUCGAACGGCAUAAUGAAUCACUUUAGUUUGCUUUAGAGUUUUAAACAGGAGUGAAAAUUGAUACACAAGGGCAUACUAAUUCACAGGAUGAAAUUAGACGAGGGGUCUGAACCACCUACAAAUAGGUAGGCACAGGUGGGAAGUCAAAGCUCAGUCAGCAGUGAAAUUAUGAAAAGGAUGUGUCUGAAAACUUUGGUAUUUUGUGUGGUGCUUGGUGCUGUCUUGUUGUCAGCAACUGGAGCGCCAACUGAGAGCGCGGAACAGUCUCAAAGCAAUGAAAGGUCAGAACACAAGCACGACCAUCAGCAGACCAAAACAAGGAGAGAUCUGGGGCUUACCGCGACCCAAGUGACGACUGAGGGUCAAAAAACUCUACUGAAAACUGAAGCUGAGCAACAUCAGGAGGUAGGAACAACGGCUAGGACAACAACCACAACAACAAGACACAUCCCUGAACAGCACUACUACCCACUGCAAACCCUCUUCCCAUAAGAAAUAUCGUUUUACAGGAUGUGAAAAAAUACAUUGUUAUACGAAGAUUAAAAUGUAAUAUAUUAAUGUAAAUAAUUUAAAAAAAUGGUUUUGGGAUUCUAAAAUAUAUCAUUUGA